AUAAAUGAAUAAAUAAACGUACCUGUCUUGAGUUCCGUGCAAGUUGCACAUUGGCGAAGGCCGAAGAAAAAGUAUGAGCACGUUUCCGAAGCGCGAUGAUGUUUGAAAAGUGCACUGAACGCCACAGAGGGGCGUAGUCAUAUGCGAGCCUUUUGACUAAAAAAAAACGAGCUGACGGUGCUAAUUUAAAGAUAGUGCAAGAUUAAAAGACGCACUAAACCGGUCCCUUGUGACAGUUUGCGUUGACAAGUGUCACUAUUUCCGUGCACUUGGUCUCCAUGGCGACGGCUCUCGCGUCUUCGUCGAGACGAGCACGAGAGUGAUGAUAAUCCAAUAAAAUAAGAUUAGAUCAUUCACUCACGAUGUCUUGAGAUGUAAAUCACGUCGAUUAAUAUAUUUAUGAUUACUGUUACUCGGAACGUUUCUAAGAUGUUUAUAAUAUGACUAUACUGCACUAUCAAAGUAAACACAGUAGCGCCUAUUUAGUUAUUUUCAAUAAAUACGGAAACUAAAACAUACCGCGGUCGACUCUUGUUCCAGCCGGACAAUAAUCAAGGUGACACACACACUUUUAGCUGAGUGACGCGUUUCACCGAGGGGUGGGGGGGGACUAUAUUUGCGGAAACACACAACAUUGUGAUAAUCUCCCAGACUCGCCGGCUGUUGCAGAAUGCCCCUGUAGCAAGUAACCAACAUGUCCUCCCAGGAGGAGACUUGGCAGAUGUCAUCUUCUUCAUCUCCUUCUCUCCCGCCUCCUCCUACGCCUCCUCCGCCUUCCUGUCACUUCGUCGGGAAACGUGACGACAUCAUCAGACGCGGCCGCGUGACCAAGCUGCUGGACGGAUGCCGAGACGUGCUGGUCCUGUACCACCAGGGGAAGUUCCAUGCCAUGGACGUGCGCUGUUACCAUGCAGGAGGCGCUUUAGAGCACGGAGAUAUUGAGGAGUUCAACGGGCGCGUGUGCAUUGUGUGUCCGUGGCACAAGUACAAGAUCACGCUAGUGGAAGGCGAGGGGCUCUACCAAGCCGUGGACAACCCCACCAUCAAACCUCUAAGAACUCACUGGCGCUCCAAGGGUGUCAAACAGAGGGUCCACAAAGUCACUGAAGUGAACGAGGACAUUUACAUCACACUGAACGACUCGGAAGAGGCCAUCGAGUCCGAUUACUACCAGACUGACAAAUACAGGACCAACUUGCGCAUAAAAAAAGUCCACUGAGAAGAGAAUAAUGGCUUGUUUUCCAUGGACAGUAUAUUUCUUCGGUGUACAUGUAAUAUGUGACGCAUAUUGUGUCCCUCUAAUGGCUGUGAAGCGAUUCAAUUUAAUCAAGUCAAAUAAUGACAAGGAUAAUGAAAUAUAUGAAUCGGUUAUGCAAAAAAAAAAAAGAAGCAAUAAAAGAAUGUAUUUCCCAUGUUUAAUCGUGCCUUCAUUUAAUUUUGGCACAAACAAUCCUCCAUCAUAAAUAAUUUACGGCAAUUCCAUUAAAAAAUGAAAACUGUCACAGAACAUGUAUAUUGUCAGGAAAUAUAUAUUUUUAAAUAGGUUCAAGAUAAUCAUUGAAUGUAUUUCACUGUUUAAAUAAUAUAAUUUAAUAAAUGAUUGUGUAUUUAAUUGGCUUUAUAUAUGUUUAGUUUUAAAUGAAUAAAAACUGCCAUUAAAUAAAAAGGUCCUGAUUAUCAUUUACAUUCAAUAUAAAAUGUAUGAUUAUAUAUCACAACUUAAUUGAUGGACACUUAGAUUUCACAUUUUAAUGAAUUUAUAGUUCAUCUAUUUCAUGUGCUUCAUGAAUAGGUUCAGUAGUAACGAUUUAUGAUUAUAUUCCACAUUCCAAUAAAUACAUUUGUAUUUUAACCUAUGCAAAUGGUUUCAUAUUCCAUUUUUGAACAGGCGACAAUGAAUAUAAUUGCCAUUGAAUAUUUCAAAUUUCAAUUCAAUUAAUAUACUCUUUGAUAUUUAAAAAGGUAUUGAAAUGUGUAAA